UGAUGAUAGAGAGAAAGAGAGAUUGAGGACUUCUCCCUCAACUCAUCUUCCUUUCUCAUUCGGUUUUAGUCAAUCCUUACCUGUUUUGGACCUUUUGUAAAAGUUUUAAGAAACAACAAACCAACAGCAAUGAAACUAUUUUUUUCAAAUUGUUAUUUAACAAUUCUUUUGGCAGCCCUGUUACCCAUCAUUCGUGGUGCUGUGAGACCGAUUUACAACAUUGCUCACAUGGUUAACUCCAUCAAAGAGAUUGAUCUUUAUUUGAAACGCGGUGCCAAUGCAAUCGAGGCGGAUGUUUCUUUUUCGCUAAACGGAACAGCACUUUACACUUUUCAUGGAUAUCCUUGUGAUUGUUUCCGACACUGCACUGAACGAGAAGAUAUUGAAACCUAUCUAGCUCACGUCCGAGAUAUAACAAAACCAGACAAUCCAAAUUACAAAAAACAAUUGGUGCUUCUUUUUCUCGACCUCAAGAUUUCCUCCUUACCUGCUUCUGUCAAGGCCAACGCUGGAAGCGAUUUAGCCCGGAAAGUGGUGCCAAGUUUAUUUGAAUAUGGAAAAACAACAUCACAAAUAAAGCUUCUAUUGUCCAUUGGGCAUGUUUUUGAUUAUGAUUUUGUCCUGGGAUUCCAAAAUGAAUUGGAAAGCAGUAAAAUGGACCAUCUAAAUGAUAAAAUCGGUUGGGAUGUUGGUAUGAACGACAAGAUUUCUGAUGUAAUUGCAAUGUGGCAACGGAUUGAGAUUGUUGAAAAUAUUUGGCUUGGAGAUGGUUGCUCAAACUGCAUUUCUCCUUUUUAUAAUCUCGGGAGGUUGAAUGAAGUUGUAUCUCAAAGAGAUUUGAGGAGCGGUAUGGUUCCAGAUCCAGUGAUUGAUAAAGUUUAUCAUUGGACAAUUGAUUUUCAUAAUAAUAUGAGAUCUUCUCUCAAAUUUGGUGUUGAUGGAAUCAUAACCAAUCAUCCAGAGAGGCUUUCUGCAAUAAUUAAAGAACCCAACUACAGAUUUAAAUAUAGAUUAGCCACAAAAGAAGACGAUCCAUGGGAAAGAAUCCAAUCAGAUCCGGAAGAGAAACCAGCUCCAAGUGCCAAUGAACUGCAACCAGUCAGUUUGCGAGUAGUAACAAGCGCUUCAGAUAUGUUUAUAUCAUUUACAAAAUAUUUAAGAGAUUUUGUUUUCCUUCGGUUACCUAUUUAUCACAAUGCAUCAGUAAGAGCAAUAAAAUAAAUUAUAUUAUUAC